UGAAACUCUAUUACAACCUGUAUGAUUGAUAUGAUACAAUGCUAAAGAAAAUAUUUUUUAUUAUUUGAAACACAAAAUCAUCAGGUUAUCAUUUUGUUUUAUUAAAUCACGAAAUAGAUACGCCAAAGUUAUAGAAAACACAAUUUGUUAAAAAAAAUAGAGGCUCUACUGUAGCGUGAUUUUCAACUUGACUCACGUUAACGAGAAUUGAAAACAAAAAUGGGGAAUGACGAUCCUAUCCUCUCUUCAAUUGAUACACCUUUACCACAACCACGCUCUGUGGAAGAGCCACCUGACGUUUUAAAAUCUUUCAAUGCAGAAACCAUUCGACAGUCUUUAUUAAAAAUUUUUCAGCAAAAUGGUAUUACCUUAGACGAAGACGCUGUCGAUUAUUUGUUAAAGAAAGCUUUUGUUAAUGGAACACUUGUCGAUUCGGUGAUUGAUCAUUUUUAUCGAACAGCCGAAUCAUUUAAUCUUGUUCAUAUAACUUUAAAAAAAGCAAUUUAUAUUUUACAAAAUAAGAGGAAAAACAUUUUGAUUAAAGUACUUGAUUGUUUUCAAGACAUACAUCAAUAUAUUUGGGAUUCUCAAAAUCAGAAAUAUACACAAGUUGACGAUAGGAAGAAAUGCCUUAUUCCUGAUUCCACAGUGUACUACACAACUUACCAACACCGUUAUAAUCGUGCUGUGAACCGACUCAAAGCAUGCCCUAAUAUCAUUUGGUGGUCAGAAAUACAAGCUGUUCAACAAUUAUCUUUAACACACGGAGAACGUUUAAUCGUUCGACCAGCUCAGUGUGCUAAAGGUCUCACAGGUGAUGUAUCUGUUUUCGGAACACUUUGUUUAAAACGAAAGGAAUCCUUGCUGGAUUUUGAAUGGAUGCUAGAGGAUGGGUCACAAAGUUAUUUACUAGAUAUUUCUAAGUGGAAACCAAAAGAUCAGUUGUAUUUAGAUUCUAAUAUGGUUGUUAUUACUGGAGAUAUAACAACUGACAACGACAUUCUUUUUGUAAAAAACGUAUCACACUUACCAUUUAAUGAAGAAUUUAAUAUCAUGAAAUCCGAUUCCGUAUGCCAAAAAAAAAAUAUUGGGAAUUGUGCGACUCAAUUAUCCACUGAGUCGAUAAGAAAUUGUGACUGGCUUGUUUUUGGCAUAUGCCAGCUUGAUCAAAGUCACGUAAUUUCUAAAAUUUAUAACGUUUUAAUGCGUUAUGAUCCUUCCAAUUUAUCAGGAAUUAUUUUAACAGGUGAAUUUCAUUCAAGAGGUUAUAACGUUUUCAAUCAAUCUAAUUACGUGGAGGGAUUUCGGGAAUUGUUUGACAAUUUACAAUUAUGGAUUUCCCAAUGGAAAAACACUAUGUCUAAUAAGGUGAAACUUGUGUUGGUUCCUGGAAAAAAUGACGCUGGUGCCAAAUUCUUACCAAAAUUUCCCUUACUUGAAGCAAUGGUAACAUAUCCUUACCACGACAUGUUAAAAGAUUUGGAUGACUAUAUAGAAAUUAUUUUAGGUUCUAAUCCAGCUUGGUUUCACGUUAUGUCCGAAGACGACAAAAACCAAGUGGAUAAAAGUCUUGUUGUGUGCCGUCAUGAUUUAAUUCAAGAUAUUGACAUUUUUAAAUUAGCGUUAGGAGUAUCAUUUGAGCAAUCACUUUAUCCUACUUCAACAGAACUUUGUAAAGCAAUUCCACCCCUUAUUAUUGGUCAAGGUCAUCUCUACCCCCUACCUUACCGUAGCCCUCACGUUUUACGCAUUGCUAUAGGUUACGAUUUCAUGCUACAGCUAUCUUCACUUCCUAAUAUUGUUUUACUAUCCGAUGCAACAGUAGCAUAUGCAACUUUCUGGCAAUCUACCUGCUGGUUUUGUUCCCCUGGUCAAAUUUCCGAAAAUGAGUACCUAUAUAUUGAUCUUGGCUCUAACCUUGUCAAUGUCUGUAAUAUAACAUACUAAAUCUCUACAUUUCGUUUUUAUACUUUUGAUUCUCGAAAAGCCUAAUUACAACCAAAAGAAUACACCAUCCAACAAUUUAGAAUUUCAUUUUUUUUAUACAUUGAAUUAUUUGCACAAUCAAAUCAACAUUAGCAACGGUAGAUCGAGAUACAGAAAUUAA